AUGGAGAAGCUCGGACUACGCAACAACCGAGACUUGCUUCCAGGUAUGGAGGUGCGCUUGCUCCCGCACCAGAUCUUGGGAGUGGCUUGGAUGGUGCAUCAAGAGCGUGUAGGCCCGCAUAAGGGGGGCAUCUUGGCCGACGAGAUGGGUCUCGGCAAGACUGUGCAGAUGAUCGCGACCAUGGCCAUCAACCUUCCGGAACCCGAGGAGAGCCACCGCACAACACUGAUUGUUGUACCCGCAGCACUACUACUGCAGUGGAAAGACGAACUCCAAACGAAGACGAACGGCAUGUUCUCGGUACACAUACAUCACGGCAGGGACAAGCUGAAGAGCACCUCCGCGCUCUCGAAGAAAGACGUCAUUAUCACCACGUACCAAACCCUCUGCCAAGACUUCGCGAUCCCAUCCGACAUUGAGAGUGAAGACGAGAUGGAUUAUCUGCUGGACAACGGAGGCUUGAUGUCGCGAAUGAAGUGGUAUCGGGUAAUCCUUGACGAGUCGCAGUUCGUCCGCAAUAGACGAACAAGGUCGAGCAAGGCAGUGGCUAUGCUCCGCGCCAAAUACAGGUGGUGCCUCACCGGCACUCCGGUCACAAAUUCAUUGGCCGAUCUAUACGGUUUCCUUCGCUUCGGACGAUUUCGUCCUUGGAACGACUGGCAAGAUUUCGAUGCGUACGUCGCCAAGGUGCAACUCGAAGACGCGCCGCUUGCUGGAGAGCCGUUGUUGCAGCUCCCUGAGAAACAUGUCGAUCUCGAGUUCCUGGAGUUUUCAGAUGAAGAGAGACAGAUAUAUGACUCCUUUGAGAAGCGUGCGCAGAUGCAAAUCAACCGGUAUAUCAGAGAUAACACACUUGUUAAGAAGUACGUAAUCGAGCUCGUCAUGAUCCUUCGUCUCAGGCAGCUAUCUUGUCAUCCUCAUCUCAUCCUCGAUCAAGCGCGAGGGUUCGAAGAUCCGACUAUGCUUGUUGCCGGCGAAGCUGAGAAAGAGGUCGGGCGGGCCCACAAGCUCAUGGGCGCCGAGUGGGUUACUCAGCUAGACUUCUCAGACGAUAUGGAGCAAGAUGAGGAAGCGACUUGCCCCAAGUGCGGAGACCUCUUCAUGGAGGGUAGCGGCAGAUUGCUUGCUUGCAGCCAUGAAAUCUGCAACGACUGUCUCUUGGUCCUACGCACCGAGCCCAUAGAAGUGAAUGGGGAAUUUGGCAACGGCGACGAAAAAGAGAACCUACGUAUAGAGAAGGACUUCGAAGCGGCCGCUGACAAGGGCUUGCGUCCUUGCCCCACUUGUAAGAAGAUGCAGAACCUCACUCCCGCGCACGUGUUCCUGUCGCAGGCCUUCGAGCCUUCUCGCGACGAUGUACGCUCCGCGCUUCGCCGCUCUCAGGCCGCGCGCAAACCCGCUGCAAAACCGAGCGUUGCAAAGAAGGAACCUAUUAGCGUUGACAGUGACAUAGAGAUGAGUUCCAGCUCGGACGAAGAUAUGCCGGACCUCUCGGAGUUGCUCGCCGGUGUUACAUCUUCGUCGCAGUCUAGUUCGGAGAAGAAGCCGAAGGAGACCAAGACCAAGGUCAAGGUCAAGGGCAGGACGGUUGUGUCAGACGAAGAGGAUUCGUCCGUGGACGAGGAUAAUGACCUACACCGUGCCAUGAACGACAUCCGGGGCAAGCGACAGACACAGGUCAAGAAGGCCAAGGCUUCCUCUGAUGAUAGCGACAAUGCCGGCCCGCGCGCGGUGCCGGAGCGGGGCGGCGACAACAUGGAGCCCAGCACGAAGAUGAUGGCCUUGAUUGGCUACCUGCACGAGUGGGAGGUGACCGGCGACAAGACGAUCGUCUUCUCCCAAUGGACGUCGAUGCUCGACCUGAUCGAGACACUGUUCAGCCGAUAUGGCAUACGCAGCCUGCGCUAUGAUGGACGGAUGUCGCGCGAGGCGCGAGAGAUGGUCCUGGCUGAGUUUAGGCAGCAGGGUGGCCCGAAAGUCAUACUCAUCAGCACGAAGUGCGGUGGCGUGGGCCUCAAUCUAGUGUCUGCGAAUCGCAUCAUCAACAUGGACCUUUCGUGGAACUACGCGUCGGAGUCUCAGGCGUACGACCGUGUGCACCGUCUUGGCCAGGAGAAGGAGGUGUUCGUCAAGCGACUUGUCGUCAAGAAUACCAUUGAGGAGCGGAUGCUGAAAUUGCAGGAUACCAAGACUGGUGCGAAGCGGGUCAAACUGCACAAGCUCAGUGUGAAGGAGCUUAGAGACGUACGUUCAUCCACCCCAGUCGUUGAUCCGCGAUCAUGCACUUACCUACUUGUCCCCAGCUGUUCGGCAUGA